AUUUUGCUGUUCUCAACGAGCAAGAGGACAGGUUUCGGAAUUAUUUCAGAAGGUGCGUACUGUACAUUCACCCUCGACGCACGUUCUGGACUUCUGGAAUUCACCACCCCAUUUCUUUCUCCCCUGCAGCCGGCCGGCCGGUCUACGCAUCCGCACAUCGGUUCUGGUCACAAUCCAAUCAGGUGACUUUCAGAUUGUUUCAUUCUCUCAAUUACACGCAAAGAGAUCGAAUUGAGCGCGGCUGGGGAUAGAGUUGGAUGAUAAUCAGAGAUGCCUCCGAAGCAGCAAGCUAAAGCCGAUGUAGCGAAGAAGCAGAAGGUUGUUGAAGACAAGACCUUCGGUCUUAAGAACAAAAACAAGUCCAAAACCGUCCAGAAAUACGUCCAGGCCCUCAAGCAGAACGUGCAGCCUAAGACUGACCCCAAAAAGGUCGAUGCCAAGAAAAAGAAAGAAGACGAAAAGGCUAGAGAGAAGGAGCUCAAUGACUUGUUUAAGGUUGCUGUUAGUCAGCCUAAAGUUCCACCUGGUGUGGAUCCGAAGUCAAUAUUGUGUGAGUUCUUCAAAGCCGGACAAUGCACCAAGGGUUUCAAGUGCAAGUUCUCACAUGAUUUGAAUAUUCAGAGAAAAGGAGAGAAGAUCGACAUCUACAGUGAUAAACGUGAUAAUGAAACAAUGGAGGAUUGGGACCAAGAAACUUUGGAGAAGGUCGUGGCAUCAAAAAGUGAGGAAUAUAACAAGAACAAACCAACAGAUAUUGUUUGUAAAUACUUUUUGGAUGCUGUGGAGAAGAAACAAUAUGGAUGGUUUUGGGCUUGUCCAAAUGGUGUCAACUGCCACUAUAGACACGCUCUUCCUCCUGGGUACGUUCUGAAGUCGCAGAUGAAGGCUCUAUUAGAAGAAGAAAAAGAAAAAGUGUCCAUUGAGGAAGAGAUUGAAGAUAAGCGUGCUAAAUUGACUGCAUCAACUCCUAUGACUCCUGAGCUAUUUAUGGAGUGGAAGAGGAAGAAGUGGGAAGAAAGAGAUGCUAAGAUGGCCUUGCAAAUAGCAGAGAGAGCCAAGAAUGAUCGCAUGAGUGGACGCGAGCUGUUUAUGUCAGAUGCCAGCUGCUUUGUGGAUGAUGUUGGAGCAUAUGAUAAAUAUGACCGGGAAGCAGAGUCUGCUGCGACUACUGAACAGAAGGUUGAAAAUAAUGGUUCAAAGGAUGAGGCGAGCUGCUCAACCUCAGCCCCAUGCACAGGAAAUGCUCAAGAUGUUUUUGAUGAGGAAGAUGAUGAUUUGGAUUAUGAUGAGCUGAAUGAGCUAGAGGCCAGCCUUGCAAAAACAACACUACAAAUAAACGAACCCGGUGGUGACGCAUGAGACAAGAAAUUGAAUUGAUAAAGUCUCUUUUUUGUUAGAUUCAUAUCAGGUUCCGAAUCUUGAGAUAGAUUUUGGUACUUGGUGUUCUCCUUUAUAUUCCCUCACACUUGCAUUCCAAAACGACAUAAAUGGAUUUGGGCAUCUAUGGGAUAUUUAGACCAUAGUCUCCAGGAGUCCAGGGUGCAAUCCCAAUGGAGUUCUUUGUUUCUAGUCAUUGCCUUCGCCAUCUCUAUCAUUUAUUCAUUUUAGUGUUUUGUAUAUUAUCAGUCAUUUGGAGUUCAUGUGCAUGAAUAGUUUUUUUUUUUGAAAGAAAACAACCCUUCUUAUAAAAUUAAAU